CGCAAAAGUGAAGGCAUCCGAAGUCGUCGCUGCUGCUUCUGCUGAGGGGUCAGGAACUGUUGUGGGGAAGAGAAUUUAAGAAACGCAAAGCUCUCAGUGCCCUGGGAGGGCCGAGAGAGUCAUUUAAAGAGGUGAAGAGGGUGCGAGGACAGAGGCGCAGGAGAGGGCAUGGUGUGGUGUGGGAGAGCCGGCCGCCCGCCCCCACCCGCCAUCGCCCCUCUCCGGCCGGGUGAAUGAGGCUCUUCGUCCGGGCUUGCCCGGGGGCUGCGCGCCGUGGGACCCCAGCAUGAGUGCGGGCCCCGGCUGCAAACCCUGCAGGAAGCGAGCCCGCUGCGGCGUCUCUAAAUCGCCGCCGCCCGCAACCUCCGGUCCCCUGAACCAGUCCGGAGGAAAGAGACAGGUGUCGGCCCCUGAGGCCGUCCUGGGGCAGACCGUCCUGUUCCCUCUUUGGUCGAGGACGCCGUCGUCUUCAUUCGUCGGCUCCCCGGGACCAACAACGUCUGGGCCACACGGCAUCUGCGGCAAGUUGGGGAACAAAGCUUUCAAACAAAAGACAAUUACCAAUUGGGUGGACACUAAAGAAUUCAACACAGGGUCAAAAAGUUUGCAUAGUAAAGAUACCAUCAAAGCAGCAGUAUCUAAGAUGAGUUCUAUACAGAAAGAUAAUUUUUUCCAACAUAACAUGGAGAAGUUAGAAAAUGUUUCUCAGCUGAGCCAUGCUAAGUCAUCUCAAGAUAAAAGUACAAAGCAUUUCAACCAUCCUCUGACGUCCAGUACCUGUAAGUUACAAAGUGAAGGAAAUCAAAGGGAGCCUUUGGAAACUGAACCCCAGAAAGUAACUCUCGUGGCAGAUCAAUUUAGAAAUGCUAAUGUGGAUCAAUCACCCCAAAGUGAUGAUCAAAUUCAUCUAGAUUGUGAAGAAGAUAGAGACAAUCGGCAGCUUUUACUGACACCUGUAAAGAUGGCAAAUUCUAAGCAGCCUAUGAAAGAUGUACAACUAGGAGAGGCCUCAAGCAGCCUGCAGCCCAGUAAGCCUAUCCAUGGCACUAGUGCAGAUAGUCAGCAGGAAGAGAUAGAUGUUGUUCCUGAGAGUCCAUUGUCAGAUGUUGGUGGUGGUGAUGUUUUACCUGAUCAGAAAAAUGAUGAGAUGAGCAGACAAGAAAGUCCUGCAGAGUCUCCACUUGAGAAAGAAAGUGAACCAGAGUCCCCAAUGGACGUUGAUAAUUCUAAGAAUAGUUGUCAGGAUUCAGAGGCAGAAGAAGAAACGAGCCCAUGUUUUGAAGAACAAGAAGUUGGUAAUUCCUCUAAAGCAGCAAACAAAUCAUCCAAAUUUCAAACAGGAGAGAAUAAAAUUGAAUGUAAAAAACAGCACUCUACUAGGGUAUAUGAAGAUAGUGGAUCGAGCCUUCAGUUAGAAGGAGUAGAGAGUCCCACUGAAGAGGAUCAUUUACCCUCCAAAUCCCCUACUAUUAUUGGUCUGAAUGUGGAAUGCAAAGGCCCCAAGCAAGCUGGGAGAAAGGAUUCUAAAAUAACAGAUCACUUCAUGAGAAUGCCUAGAGGAGAGGACAAAAGAAAAGAACAAUGUGAAUUCAAACACCAAAGACCAGACAGGAAGAUUCCCAAGUACAUUCCACCUCAUAUUUCCCCAGAUAAAAAAUGGCUUGGAACUCCAAUUGAGGAAUUGAGAAGAAUGCCUUUGUGUGGAGUUCGUCUUCCUCAUCUGAGACACUCUGCAAAUCAUACAGUAACUGUUCGGGUAGAUCUUUUGAAAGCUGGAGAAGUCCCUAAACCUUUUCCAACACAUUAUAGGGAUUUAUGGGAUAAUAAACAUGUCAAAAUGCCUUGCUCAGAACAAAAUUUAUACCCUGUAGAAGAUGAGAAUGGCGAACGAACAGCAGGCAGUCGGUGGGAGCUCAUUCAGACAGCACUCCUUAACAAGUUCAACCGUCCCCAAAAUUUGAAGGAUGCUAUAUUGAAAUAUAACGUUGCAUAUGCCAAGAAAUGGGACUUUACAGCUUUGGUCGACUUUUGGGAUAAGGUCCUUGAAGAAGCAGAGGCCCAGCAUUUAUGUCAGUCCAUUCUGCCUGAUAUGGUGAAAUUAGCCCUUUGUCUGCCAGAUAUUUGCACUCAGCCAAUACCUUUACUGAAACAGAAGAUGAAUCACUCCAUCACGAUGUCACAAGAGCAGAUUGCUAGUCUUCUAGCCAAUGCUUUCUUUUGCACAUUUCCACGCCGAAAUGCUAAGAUGAAAUCGGAGUAUUCUAGUUACCCAGACAUUAACUUCAACAGAUUGUUUGAAGGAAGAUCAACGAGGAAGCCUGAGAAGCUUAAAACCCUCUUCUGCUAUUUUAGAAAAGUCACAGAGAAAAAACCUACUGGCUUGGUGACAUUUACAAGACAAAGUCUUCAAGAUUUUCCAGAAUGGGAAAGGUGUGAAAAAAAAUUAACUCGGUUACAUGUAACUUAUGAAGGUACCAUAGAAGGAAAUGGACAAGGCAUGCUACAGGUAGAUUUUGCUAAUCGCUUUGUUGGAGGGGGUGUAACCAGUGCAGGAUUGGUACAGGAAGAAAUCAGAUUUUUAAUCAACCCUGAAUUGAUUGUAUCACGACUCAUCACUGAGGUGCUGGAUCACAAUGAAUGUCUUAUCAUCACAGGUACUGAACAGUACAGUGAAUACAUAGGCUAUGCAGAAACAUACCGUUGGGCCCGAAGCCAUGAUGAUAAGAGUGAAAUGGAUGACUGGCAGAGGCGCUGCACGGAGAUUGUUGCUAUUGACGCACUUCACUUCAGACGCUACCUCGAUCAGUUUGUGCCUGAGAAAAUCAAGCGGGAACUUAACAAGGCUUACUGUGGUUUUUUUCGACCUGGAUUUUCUUCUGAGAAUCUUUCAGCAGUGGCCACAGGAAACUGGGGAUGUGGUGCCUUUGGGGGUGAUGCUAGACUAAAAGCCUUAAUACAAAUACUGGCUGCAGCUGCAGUUGAACGAGAUGUGGCUUAUUUCACUUUUGGGGAUUCAGAAUUAAUGAGAGACAUCUAUAACAUGCACACCUUCCUUACUGAAAGGGGACAGACAGUUGGGCAAAUUUAUAAGCUGCUGCUCCGGUAUUACCAUGAAGAAUGCAAAAGCUGUUCCAGCUCAGGACCUGAUGUUAAGCUUUAUCCUUUCAUUUACAGUAUCAUUGAUUCCUAUGCAGAUACCACCGACCACAAUGGGAAAAGGAUCGGUUUCCGUGGAUUGGAAUGAAUGGGACUCCUUAGUCAACAUGGAGCUUUUGUUUCCCCACUUCCCUGUCCUUCCAAUAUGCUGUUUGAAUUGUUGGGUGUAAUAUAGGGACUGGCUUAACUUAAUAGAAUUGUGUAUAUAAUCUUGCAUUUGUAAUCCAGUAUGCUGUCUCAUUUUGGAGAGAUGGAAUUUUUCAGGUUGUUCAUUUAAACCAUCUCUAUUCUGAUUUAGAGUCAGUUUUGCUAAAUAUAAUUUUUUUUCUUAUUCAUCAUAUUUCAGUCCAUAUUCUAUAGGCUCCAUAGUUUAUGAGAUUUCUUAUUGAAAAACUGUAAAAGAUUUUUCUUAAUUUUUCACUUUUCUUUUUUGAUGCCUAUAAAUCACACAAAAUGCCUCUGCAGCUAAGUGAGUACUAGUAAAUCCUGGUUUUUUUAAUUGACUGUGCUCACAAGUAAUCCUUUCUCCUCCAUCUCAAAUUCAAGGAUUAUGUGUCUACAUUAUUUAAGUUUUUGAUUUACACACACACCCACACACACACACACACACACACACACACACAUUUAUAUACAGAUAGAUACACAUAUACGUGUUCACACAUGUGUAGCACAGUAUAAAAAUUUGAAUUAAAUGUCUUCAAUAUAAAAAUAAUUAUUAUUUUUUAAAAAUUUUUGCUGGUGAAGUACCAUUCAUAUCAACUUGUCUGUCCUUUUUUCUUAAAACACAUUUUACUUUAUCAUAUUUUUGAAAUCCUACAAAGAUGGAGGAAAAUGUAAGGGAAAGGAAGAGGUCUGUGUGAAAACAAAAUACAGAUUUAAAAGCAUUGCAGCUAAAAAAAAAAAAAAAAAAAAAAAAACUAGGAUCAAUAUAUGUGAUCAGUGGUGAAUGAGGAAGUGUGUAUAGCAAAAAAUUAAGAACCGGAACUUGAAGCUAAUUUAUUUUUAUUGAAAUCAUUCUGACAUUUUGUGGGAUUUUAAGAGAUUUUCAAUGGAAUUUCAUUUAAAAGUUAUUCUUUCUCUUAUAGCUGUAUUUUCUUUAUAGACCAGUUUGGACUCCAGUAUGUUUAAUUUGUGUUCAUAAAAGAUAAAUGAAACUGAAGUGACAGAAAAUUAUUAGGCUUGGGCCUUAUCAGGGACUCUGUCUUCUGUUCUCUUAACUACAGUUAGAUGGACAUACAACUGGAAACCCCCUGUGAACGGUUACAUACUUUUCAAGAAAUUAGAGAGAAGGGUUAUAUUAAUGAUUUGUUAUGUCAUGCACAAUUUAAGCAGAAAAAUAUGUGACCAGAUUUCCAAGACAGUUCUAGAAUAACCAGACUAUCAACUUUGGUUUGUAAUCAAUUAGUAGGAAAUAUUGUCGAGGUCAAGUUCUGUUGGGAGCACUUAUGGACCCCAAGUGUGAGAACUGGCAAGGACCUCAGCUGCGAUUUAGUUAAUAACACUCACUUUAGAGAAAAAGAGACAUAGAGGGCAUAUGCUUUACUGAAAAUCACUUAGCAAAUUAGUUGCAAAGCUCUGGUCAGACCUUGGAUGUACUGAUCUCAAUCUGGGACUCUCCCUUCUUUGACUACUUCUUUAGAACUGCCUGGAUCCUGUUCUAAUAGAAUUGAACUGAUAUUGUACAAAUGCUUUCCCUUGUUAGGUACCUCAGGCAAUUCUCUAAGACUAUAAAAUUUACAGUUAAGUUCCUAAUCUGCAUCACUUCAGGUGAUUUUCAUAAUAGGAGUUUCCCAUGCUGAUGAAAUCACAAAUGUGGACCAAAAAUAUUGUUAGAAAUAGUUGGCCAUUCAUUAGCCAAGGCUUGAAUUUAUUUUUGUUUACAUACUUCACAUAAUAGCUCAAUUAAGUUUUGAGUGAUAAUGUAAAUUCAUUUUAACCAAUACUCAUAUAAAAUUUCACAUCCUUACAAUAAAAUAACAUUAGAUUCUUUACUGAGGCUACUCUGGGUCCUAUUCCCUGACUGAGUAGUUCUUUGUCUACUUUCCCAAACUUCUGCCCUUUUGUGAUCUUUCACCUUGAGAAGUAUUUUCAUGGCACCAAUUAACAUUAGCUGUCAGUAUGAUGACAUUUUGCAUUUGUUUGGUACACAUAUGAUUGGCAGUAGCUUUUAUUACAACAGCCAAAGAUACUAUUCAUUUUCAUGUAACCUAGCCAAAUGCUUGAAAGUUACUCUUUUUUUUCUGUUAUUAAUAUCUUUCACCUUUCCUUCCAAUCCACUUAAACCUUUGGCAUAGUAAUCAUAGUUAAAUUUUAUGUUCUUAUCUCCACUUCAGUAUUGAGUAGAUUGUUGUUCUUCAAAUCAGUUCAAAGUAUACUGUAGAAAUGCACAAACCCAGGUGAAGGUAACCAGAGAUAAUGGUCUUCCAAACCUAAUGGCCCUCAUUCUCACUUCUUGGUGCUGAACUAGGGAAAUAAGUAGUUUCAUCUCUUCUUUCCAGUCUAGUUCCUUUUUUUAAAAUGUAACAAGUAUAGUACAUGUAGAUGGCAUAACUUUGAAAAAAAUGAUCAUUUCUGUGUGGGGAAAAAGGUGGAGAGAGAAGUCAUCAUUAGAUGACCAAUUUCCUCCUUAAUGACCUAUGAGCGAUUCAGACCAGAUUGAGACUACUGAGACCUUUGUUAUUCUUCAUCCAGAAAUUACCUGAGCUAAUAAUGUUUUUUCCACUGGAGUAUUCAAUAAUCAGAGGAAGGAAAAUUGCUAUCUCUACUGUGAGAUAUUUAUUGUCUUUUUAUCUACUUGAACUAAAGCUAAUGGUUUUCAUUGUCAUUUAAUGGUGUUUAUUCUUUUUUUUCUGUAUAAAUGAGAAUAAAGAGGUGUCUUUAUAACCAUUCAGAAUUUUUUCAAUAUAUCAUAUACAUAUUUCUGAGAAAUUUCUCAGGUGUUGGUAGAGAAGGAAAGUUAAAUUUAAAUCAAAACUUGACUAUCAAGUAAUUCAUACCCUUACCUUCCUUUAAAGAGCAACAAGGCAGAAAAGCAAAUGAUAGUUGCAUUCUUUAUUAAGUGCCUGGCAUUGAUCAUUACUCGUGAGUGAACAUGUAUAGGAUUGGUUCUGCCAUCUUCAAGUAGAUAGUUCUGACCCUUCUUUGAGAUGAUGAUGGCAGCACAGAUAUGUAAGAUUAGGGUUUUGAAAAAGAGCUUUAACAGGAAUUCUCUCUGACCCGUACACUUCUCAUCAAUAUUACUUUUUAGGGGAGGGAAAUUAACAUGCACUUAAUUCCCAUCUGCUUUCCCCCUCUUUUUUUCUAGCAGUCUCUGUAUCCUCAUAUAGGAGUGUGCUUGAGCCAGUUCUUUUUUCAGUGUGGGCAUUUAUACCUUGGAAAUCAGCAAACAUUACAAAUCAGAGUCUUGUUGAUUAUUUAGACUUAGAAAAGACAAUAGAGCAAACAAUGCAGGUUAAAUUUCAAAAUAUAACACAUGUACAUCUCCUCCACCCCAGGAGCUGGUUGUUAACAUUUACCAGCAUGUGUACUACCAGCCAUCUCCAGUCUUUGUGAUAAAACAAGGAUAUCCUAAAGGCAGUUUUGCAAUUUAAGGAUUGGAAUUUUGUCCCAAUAAAAACUGAUUAUACAUAUUCUAUCUUUCACUUAAGUGGAAGGGAAAAGCUUUAGGAUGAAAGGCAGGAAUUUAAACUAGUAGCCAAUCUUAAAUAAGCAUAUAUUAAGCACCUACUAUGUACUAGGCACUGUUAUAAUAAAAUUAAUUAUUUUGUGUUGUACUUUAGUUGUCACAGGACACAAUUAAUAGAAUUGAGAGCUAAAAUUUCCCCAAAAUUUUUGACAUCAUCUAUUCUAGUACCAGAGUUUUCUUGUCUCUCUCAACGAUUAUGUUAUCUGUCAAGCCAUAAGACUUAACAGUUUACCAAAUAGUAACAAUUAAAUCUGUGUGUAUCCAUUUGACAAAUGAUUUGGUUUUUUCCUUACAAUUUCUUCUAAAUUCCUGCUUAAUGCAUCAUAAUCAUUUUUAUUUAGAGAAUGGGAGGUGUCUGUAUGCUAAUGUUUACAUGAUUUUUAUAGGAAGACAAUAAAGACAUUCUGAUCAUACUGUUA